AUGGGGGACCAGCCGCCUCCUUAUGAAGCCCCUGAAGUUCUCCCUGAUUAUACAUGUCAUGACGCCCCUCCCUAUACACGUACGUCCGGGCCCCCGGCUCUUCCGUGGGGUGACCUGGACACCAACACCCGACAAGAAGGCAUCAAGCUUCUGACAAGGGCUUUCCACUCAGCCCAGGGGAUUGCCGCGUGCCAUCAGAAAUUAUUCUAUCCAUCACGCAAUGGCUCCACUCAUCACAAAGAUGAAGCCGAACGAUACACUCGGAUGGCCGAUAAGUUUGAUGCACAGCUGAAGACCUUGAAUGUCACCCUUUCACCUGACUCUACCGUUUCGACUGGCAGUCAGAUACUUCGUUGGUCUCUAGAACUGAAUGAUUUUUCACUGUUUCACCUAGUGGCACCCUACAUUCAAAAUGCAACCACUCCAGUUUCGGGAGACACAGCGGGAAUGCAUUGUGACGGGGUGAUUGAGUUUGCUCAAUCUGUCCGUCAGCUUGCUGGGGCUCUUGAUCUCCCCGCCGCCAGUCAGUACAGACCAAAUUACCGUGCACUGCCCCCCCUCUGGAUAGACCAAGCCUUGCGCAUUGAAGAGUUGCUAUCGGGACAGGGUAGUGCGGUUCCAGCACCCUCAGCCAUCACGCUUGAACAACUCCCACAAUGUGAAAAUCGAGUUUACUUUUUCAUCAAGAGUCACGGUAGCUCCCUCUUUCCUUUGACCGACGCAGUGACUGAGUGCCUGGCCUCCCACGAACAACCAUCAGCUCAAUCAUCCACCCUUUCUCAGUGA